AUGGAGGGCCUCAACAAUGGCGACACCGCAUGGAUGGCCAUGUCCUGUGCGCUGGUUCUCUUCAUGACACCCGGGCUAGCCUUCUUCUAUGGAGGUUUAGUCCGCGACAGCAACAUCGUGAACACCAUGAUGAUGUUGCUCGGCAUGUUUGCCGACAGCCAAGAAGCAACAGCAGCCAAACGCUUGAGAAAGAUCUGCGAACAGUCCAUCAUCUCGAUGGGACUCACGACCAUCACGUGGCUGGUGUUCGGCUUCAGCUGGUCCUUCGACGAGUGGGGUGCAGGCAAGGGCUUCACGUACGUCGGCUUCCGUCAUCUGGACAAGGUCUGGCCCGACACCACCAUGCCAGGCCUAGGAGUUCUGGGCAAGCGACAGAUCAUGCUUAACCUUCGCCGUCUUCCAGAUGACCUUCGCUACUCGGUUGGAUACGGGCAUCAGGCCAUCAUUGCUGCGGCGAUCAUUUCGGGCGCUGUGGUGGAGCGCAUUCGGUUCUCGGCGUAUGCCAUUUUCAUCGUCGUCUGGGUCCUUGCGGUGUACGUGCCCCUGUGCCACUGGAUCUGGGGCGGCGGCUGGAUCGCCGAGAUGGGCGCCAAGGACUUUGCUGGCGGCACAGUGGUCCACAUCAGCUCGGGUACUUCAGCCUUUGCGCUCGCGUCGCUUCUGGGUGAGCGCAAGCACCGAGCGGAGUCCUUUCCCAGCAACCUGCCCUUCGUCAUUUUGGGCGGCGGCAUCCUGUGGCUUGGAUGGACCGGCUUCAACGGCGGAUCCGCCUUCGCUGCCAACGGAGACUGCGCCUUGGCUGUGGCAACCACGUACAUCGCGGCGGCUGCGGCCAUGAUCACUUGGAUCACGGUGGAGCGCAUCCUGGACGGGGCCCCCACGUCCGUCGGUGCCAUGUCCGGCGCGGUGGCGGGACUUGUGAACAUCACCCCGUGCGCCGGCUUCGUGGAGCCUCUGGGUGCUCUGGGGGUUGGGGCUAUUGGCGCCCUGUGCUGCAUCUUCGCAGCUCGUGGGCUGAAGAGGCUGAACCUCGUGGACGACUCGCUGGACUGCUUCAGCCUCCACGGAGUCGGAGGCUUUGCGGGCGCCAUCCUUGGCGGCUUCUUCGAUUCUGGGGAUGGCUUGAUCUACGGCAACGAUGGAAUGCUGCUGGUGAAGAACCUCGCCGGCGCCGCUUUCGGCGUUGUCUACUCCGCAGCCAUCACGGCGGUGAUCUUCUUCCUCAUGCGCCUCGUGAUGCGCAUGAGGGUCAGCGAGGAGCAGGAGCUGGAAGGCGAAGCGAUGUUUGCAAGCGUGUCGCCUGUGGCGGGUAAGUUCCUGGUUGCCUACGGCAAGAACGAGAACUCGGGCAAGCCCAACGCUUUCGGCGAGCACUCCCAGCGCUUCAAGCCCGAGGAGGCCCCGACGCUUCUGACAAGUGCCCCAGCCGCGGCUGCCACAGAGAAGCCCACUGCCACGGAGGUCCAUCCUGGAGACCCAAGUUUCAAAGUGAUGCUGCACAGGCGCUGCACGGUAACCUGCACUAGCAUCAGCUUGGUCGAAGGGAUGGAGGGCCUCAACAAUGGCGACACGCAUGGAUGGUCCAUCAUCUCGAUGGGACUCACGACCAUCACGUGGCUGGUGUUCGGCUUCAGCUGGUCCUUCGACGAGUGGGGUGCAGGCAAGGGCUUCACGUACGUCGGCUUCCGUCAUCUGGACAAGGUCUGGCCCGACACCACCAUGCCAGGCUUAACCUUCGCCGUCUUCCAGAUGACCUUCGCCAUCAUUGCUGCGGCGAUCAUUUCGGGCGCUGUGGUGGAGCGCAUUCGGUUUUCGGCGUAUGCCAUUUUCAUCGUCGUCUGGGUCCUUGCGGUGUACGUGCCCCUGUGCCACUGGAUCUGGGGCGGCGGCUGGAUCGCCGAGAUGGGCGCCAAGGACUUUGCUGGCGGCACAGUGGUCCACAUCAGCUCGGGUACUUCAGCCUUUGCGCUCGCGUCGCUUCUGGGUGAGCGCAAGCACCGAGCGGAGUCCUUUCCCAGCAACCUGCCCUUCGUCAUUUUGGGCGGCGGCAUCCUGUGGCUUGGAUGGACCGGCUUCAACGGCGGAUCCGCCUUCGCCGCCAACGGAGACUGCGCCUUGGCUGUGGCAACCACGUACAUCGCGGCGGCUGCGGCCAUGAUCACUUGGAUCACGGUGGAGCGCAUCCUGGACGGGGCCCCCACGUCCGUCGGUGCCAUGUCCGGCGCGGUGGCGGGACUUGUGAACAUCACCCCGUGCGCCGGCUUCGUGGAGCCUCUGGGUGCUCUGGGGGUUGGGGCUAUUGGUGCCCUGUGUUGCAUCUUCGCCGCUCGCGGGCUGAAGAAGCUGAACCUUGUGGACGACUCGCUGGACUGCUUCAGCCUCCACGGAGUCGGAGGCUUUGCGGGCGCCAUCCUUGGCGGCUUCUUCGAUUCUGGGGAUGGCUUGAUCUACGGCAACGAUGGAAUGCUGCUUGUGAAGAACCUCGCCGGCGCCGUUUUCGGCGUUGUCUACUCCGCAGCCAUCACGGCGGUGAUCUUCUUCCUCAUGCGCCUCGUGAUGCGCAUGAGGGUCAGCGAGGAGCAGGAGCUGGAAGGCGAAGCGAUGUUUGCAAGCGUGUCGCCUGUGGCGGGUAAGUUCCUGGUUGCCUACGGCAAGAACGAGAACUCGGGCAAGCCCAACGCUUUCGGCGAGCACUCCCAGCGCUUCAAGCCCGAGGAGGCCCCGACGCUUCUGACAAGUGCCCCAGCCGCGGCUGCCACAGAGAAGCCCACUGCCACGGAGGUCUGA